AUGACCUUUGUAUGUUGGUUUUUGGGCUGUGUUUUCGGCAAACAACCGUUUCACCUCUUUCACUGGUCUGGUUUUCAAUAAUAAACAAUAUUGGUGCUUUUUUCCUAUGUUGUAUAAUUUCCUUAACCAGUCCUCCCAUCUUGUAAACGCUGAUUUAUCCUCCGGUUCUCAAAUAUUUUCCUUGCAAAAUUAAUUUAUGAUCAGCUUUUGUACUCGCUAACGGACGUUUUUGCCUAUAGAAAUCCUUUUAUCUUUAGUCGCAUCUUUUGUUUUUGUAGGACAUUGAUAUGUGUUAAACUCGUUCAGCUCUUGCUGUCAGAGAUUAAUCUCUGACUGGGCAUAGCGUACCACGAUCAGGCGAUGCGCCUGCGGACUACUAAUAAGGGUUAGCCGAUCACAUAAUGUGGCCGCUGACCCUGUGUGAGUGUAAUGUUACCAGCGAUGCUACAUUAGCGUACUAGCAACUGAGUAGUCACGUAUUGGCGGCCUUACUUUCACUGCGAGCGCGCGGUUAGCUAUUUAAUUGACCGAGACUGCACAAUUUAGUGGAGUAACGCAUUUAUCGGUGUGAUACUCCCAGAUUCUCUGCCGCCUACUCCGCACGCCAAAUGUCUUUAUCAGACCGCGAAAUGCUUGCGUAGACUGCCAUGGCAUUUUGUCGCGCUCUAUAGAUAGUACGAAAUCUGUCCAGUGCAUGCAUCGUUGAGGCCACGGACACCGCUCGAGAGAAGACUGAUGGGUAGAUCAUGCCUUACAGGCACUGACAAUAGCCAACCAGCUAUCAAGUUAGCUGCAGAUUAAUAAAGUAGCUGUAGUAGGAGCCAACAGAAAAGCAUAGUUUCUUGUGAUCGGAGGUGAUGUAUCAGACAGGUGCACGUGUAUUGCACGCUGACCAGAACUGCGAGAAGGACGGAAGAUUCAGUAGUCAGGAGGAGCUUUUCGAUUUGUGGAGAAGACCUAUGACAAAAAAUAGCAGUUUAUCUCCAUGAAGGUCGGACGGACUACGCUUAGCUGUUGACAAAGUGAUUAUGUUGGUAAAUUGCAUUUCAAAGUUGGAGGUAUUUCGAGUAAUGAGGCACUGGCAAACUUGGCUAAUGAGGUGUCUGGCGUUGAGUGACGAAGUACAUAGGAAUUUAUCUUAACUGGCAAGAGAAAAUUUUGAGUUCUGUAUGGUGUUUCUGAAAGCCUCGCAUAGCCUUGACAAUAGCAGCUGCCACGAAUGAAGGCGAAAUUUCGAGUUGCACGUGUAUGUAUAAGUGAAGAAGAAGAGGGGUCGAUCACCGGAACAUUUUGUUUAUUGUCCUGAGUUUUCGGACUCGUGCAGGAGUCCAUCGUCAGAGAUAGUAGCAACAACAGAACAAGCGACAGGUAUAGGGCAUGUAGGCAAAUCAUCGACCGAUGGCACAACAGUGGAGGUGACUGCGCAGAACUCUUUACGCCGGCGCCAGAUCGAUCGAGUGAGUUCUCAUCCGAGGCCCAGGCUUCAAUCAAUUCUCGGCCUGUUUUGUUUCCGGUGUGGGCGACUAUUUUGAUGGCUGUGAAUUUAAACUCGUUACCCAUUUCGUAGGUGUGGGCGGAAACUUGUGAUAAUGCGUCGCCUCGUCGCGCAGCCAGAUUAUGUUCGUGUAUGCGAGAUCCGAGCAUGCGUCCAGUCUGGCCUGUGUAGUUACAAGGACAAUUUUGACACGGGAUGCGAUACACCACUCCAGAUUGCUCUUCAGGCUCUAACCGGUCUUUAAUUUUCAUGACCCUAUUGUGCAUGGUGGCAUUGUGGAGGUGUGCAAUUCCAACACCUAGGUCCGUAGCAAUGCGCUGGGUCGCUUCUGAAACGUGCUAGAUUUAUGGCAGAGAAUGCCAUAUCGUCCGUGGUGCUGAUGUUUAAGCUCUCUGGGGGCGACCGCGUAGGCAGCGACUUAUGAAUGCCCUCAGAUAGCUAUUUAGCACAAACUGGUCGCGGAGAUAACGGGCCUCACGUGCUCUGCCCUUUGGUUUGCUGCCUAUAAAAUAAAGAUUAAUCGGGGAACGCGUUUGCCUAAAUCUGACUUAUUUCACUUCGAGUGGAAGUCAUAGUGAUUCAACGCGAACUUUCCCUAAUCUUACUUGAAUACUUUUUGUGACUGAACCGAAAGAUUAGGACGUAGAUGGCUUCUGGCGGCAUUCGCUAGGAUUCCGAGCCUGAUUUGCGUCAUUCCGCUAUGUCAUUCUAGUCCUCAAUUGUGAGUCCCAUGUAGUUUCCUUAUAGACCCAAGUAGUUCAAAUGACAUGCCGAUUCGGAAGUGCAGAGAAGUAGAUGCAUUUAAUUCGCCCCUCAUUAGCCUUGUCGACGUUCCGAAGAGAGUUCAAAGUUUUAAAACUUUUGUUAAUGUACAUUUCACCCUCAAACACCGAUUCACGAAUUCGCUCAGAACUAUUAUGUUCAAAUGUUCAUCAUCAACCAAAAACUCGACUUGCUUAAUAAAGUAGCCUUCCAAAAGUUUGUUUGCAUCCCAGAAACUCUGUUUCUGCGUUUAAUUUGUUGUUAACCGAUGUCCUCUUCAAUUUUCUAAUGAAUUUCUUCAGGUCGCAAACGGUAACUGCCUACAUCCAGUCUAUGAGCUGGGAACGAACGAAUUUUGUCGUAUUGUCGGGAAAAAGAAAGUCUGGCAAGGACUAUGUAGCGCAUCAGUUGUCCACCCGUCUUUCCGCUAGUGGAAUCUCUGUAAGCAUAAUUCAUCUGUCGGAACCCAUCAAAAGGGCCUAUGCACGACUCCACGACCUAGAUAUGGACCUUCUUAUGUCGUCCGCCGCCUACAAGGAGGACUACCGCGCAGAAAUGGUGCGUUGGGGCGAGGAGCGGCGGACCCAAGAUCCUGGAAUCUUUUGUCGAGAGGCUCUUAAUCAGGUCCGCACCAUCAGUGAGCCUCCAGCCGUCAUCAUUGUGGCCGACGCCCGUAGGCCCUCAGAUCUUUCCUUCUUUCAUCACAUCUCCUCCCCUUGCCGAACAGUCCUUCAUCUGCGCAUCUUCGCUUCUGAGACGACGCGUCGCGCGCGGGGCUGGCACCCUGUGCCCGAGGUCGAUGAGGCUGACACCGAGUGCGCACUGGAUGACGCACCAUAUGACCUCCUUGUGGUUAAUGAAAACUCUGAGAGCCUUGAUAAGUCUAUGGCCUCGGUAGUGUCGUUAAUACUGAAAAGCGUCAAUAUUUAA